UGGCUGUAAUGGUGAAGGUUAUUGGGAUAGCCCUCUGGCAGCCAUCUUUCAAUUGUGUUUGCGACCAAAGCUCUUCAAGUAUUGCUUUGCAGGGAGGUUUUUGAAAAAGGUGUAAAAGUGUGAAAGAACAUGGCCCGUACUAAGCAAACUGCUCGUAAAUCCACUGGUGGUAAGGCACCAAGGAAACAGCUCGCAACAAAAGCUGCCCGCAAAAGUGCUCCCUCUACUGGAGGAGUCAAAAAGCCUCAUCGUUACAGGCCAGGUACGGUGGCUCUGCGUGAGAUCAGACGUUAUCAGAAAUCCACAGAACUUCUGAUUCGGAAAUUGCCCUUCCAGCGUUUGGUCCGUGAAAUUGCACAGGAUUUCAAGACUGACCUGCGUUUCCAGGGUGCAGCUAUUGGUGCAUUACAGGAAGCAAGUGAGGCAUAUCUGGUAGGCUUGUUUGAAGACACCAACCUCUGUGCUAUUCAUGCCAAACGCGUCACAAUCAUGCCGAAAGACAUCCAGUUAGCACGCCGCAUCCGUGGUGAGCGUGCCUAAUAUAGAAUUGUGGAGUUCUGAAAAAAUCUUCCUUUCUCUUGGUACUGAUAAGUGUUGUUUUAUUAUAUGCGGGAAGAAUUCAUGAGGUCAAGUGAGGUGAAAAGGAAGGUGGUCAUUUUUCUUUACAUUUUCAUAUGUGAUCUUUUUCAUUGUGUGUCUUACAAUCCAAACAUUUUGCCUGGAAAUAUUGACAAAAGAUUGAUUUUUAAAAAUUAUUUAAGCAUUUUAAUAUGCUUGGAUGUUUUUUGGACUAUGCCAACAUAACUUUUAUUGUUUGUUUUUUAAAAGGGAUGGGCGAUAGUGCCAAUUUUAACUUUGAUACUAUGCCAAGCAAUACUGGGCAAGUAUGGAUGAUUACAAUGCUGAUACUGUGUUUAAUAUUCAGACUGUCUCUUCAAACUUUCUUUGCUAAUACCUUCCAUGUUGCUUGUUCAUAUGGUUUGAGAGCAUCUGUGGUGGACCUGAUCAGCAGGUCAUUUUUUACUGAGUGUCUUGUAAAAAUAUUCACCCCCUUCCUAUGAUAUCCCAUUUUUGUGUUGAACUGCAAGAUGUCUACACUUUGUUACCUGCAUAUGUUAAAUCAUAAGUAAAAUGCACAAACUGAACACCGUUCCACCCCAACAAGUCACUUGAUGAAAUUACUUUUGCUAUUAAUUAUAGCUGCAACUCUUUUUAGAUAAAUCCGUCAACUUUGCACAAUGUCCCAUUAUUUUUGCAAAAUUGCUCUGUCAGAUUGAUUGAUAAUGGAGAGCAAUUUUCAAGUCUAGCCACAGAUUUUCUGUUGGCUUGAAGUUGUGACUUUAACUGGGCCACUCAAGGACUUUCACGUUCUUUUUUUAAAUACCCCACCAGUGUACCUUUAGCAUUGUGCUUUGGGUCUGCUCAACAUUCAAUUUCUGUCAAGAUUUAAAGUCCUUUAGCUUUAUGACACAGGUUUUCCUCUUCUGUUUGUACUUUAUUGGGUAGUAUGAUACACCUUUAACUUUAUAAUGAUGGUCUUAACUGUCCUCAAAGAUAUAGUCCGAUAUAUUCUGUAAUCACAUGAACCAUUAUUGUUACACACAGAAGCCAUUAGAUAAUUGUACAGUUUUGUCAAAAUGUGUGCACUUGUCAGAUUUGUUUGUCUUCUAUAAUGGAAGUGAAUGUUUACUUUUUUUCUUUGUACAGUUUUUACCGACGUUGAGCUUUUUACUCAUUAUUAAGUGUUCAGUUUUUGCAUUUUAUAUAUAUAUAAACUUUAAUAAUGUUUACAUCUUUUAUAAUUCAAUGAAGUGUGAUGGCAUUUGAAGGGAUGAAUACAUUUUCAAGGUACUGUAUACAGUAUAUAGAAAGAGAACAGGCCCCAUAAGAUUCCAUCUAAAAGGUUUUUCUGGGCAGUACUUUUAUUAUUAUGUUAAUAAAACACUACCUGUUGCUUGGUAGUUUCUUGACAUGUAAGUUCUUGUAUCAGGAUGGCAAGUAAUACGUAAAACCUUUGUUUUUAAAGUGGUUAUCAUUUUAUUCAAGUUCACUUUAAUAAAUAAGUUAAAACACAAUGUGGAUUUUUUAACACUAAAAUCCAAUACAUUUGAAUUUUCAAAUACUGAAGUCAAAUAAUGUUUGAACUUCAGUUUAAUUAAAUUUGUUGUCCUUUGUACAGAAUACCGGGCUCACAAACAAAACCUAGUGCUAAAUGCUCCAUAUAAAGUCUAGGUAAAAACCAUUUAGGAGAACAAUCUAUUAUUAGAUAUCUAUAAAUUCAUCAUAAAAUCAGUCACAGAGGACAGAGUCAUUACCUGAUUUACAUUGGCCUAGCAAUGUAGAACAAAAACUUGACAAGUAAAAAAGUUAGGUUGUAAUUCUAGCAAUAGAAUUUUUGUAAUUCUAGCAAUAGAAUCUCUUUGGGAGAAGUGACACAUUUAAGUGAUGAUUUGUCACUCUGGACAAAAACCACAGUAUGUACUGUAUUAGUAUACCUCUACAGUGCCAAUGCGUUGCUGUGUGUCAUUUAAACCAAUGAGACUUGACCUGUUUUAUCUGUAUGGUGUUUUGGGGAUCUGUUUCUGGAAUGAGUCUUGUAAAGAUGUCUGUGUCAAAGACAUUGCAGCAGCGAAAUCGUCUUUUUCUCGUGCCAACUUGUUGUGCAGUGUUAGCAUAUCUAGUUGGAUGCUUAAUUUUAAGGUGCUUAAACAAAUUACCAGUAUUUCUAUUUUUAUGCACUUUGCAUUUACAAAUAUUGCAACUGGUUUUAAUUUCUUGUUAAAAAAUAAUUGUAAAUGUUUUUUUACAGUAAUGUUGCGCACUGUACUAGCGUACCUUCACUUGAUUGGCCAAGGUAUUCCUUUUGAUCCUGAUUUCUGAAUUUCAAUAAAUGCUGUUCUACUUUUCAGUCAACAUAAAACAUGAACUUUGGUAUGAGCAGUUUGACACAGUUUCCUUCAUACGUAAAAAUGGUCAUUCAUUUUGUCAGAAUGUGCUAAAAAUAAGUCAAAGUUGAUAUUUUGGUGAAAAUAUACCAAUAACAGAAAAUAAAUGAUACCAAAAGUAUCAGAUACUUAAGUAUUUGUUCACCCACCCCUAGUUUUUAAAUGCCACUAUAUUUUUUGUACUGUAUGCCUGAUAUUGCUAAUGUUUUAAAACAUUAUCACUGUAGAAUCGGUCUAAUGUUCUUUUUGUAUGCUGUCUUGUAUACAAUUUAAGUGUUUGUGGUGUCUCUGCAAGUUUACUAUUAAAUUACUUUAUAGUCCUAAA